AUGCUGCAACCUCUAAGCAGUAUUUAUGCUGAUAACAUGUAUAAUAGUGAAGCUCACGCUUUAAUGGACAUAAGAAACCGAUUAAGCGGAACUGAAAAUUGUAUGCCAAAAUGGGGCCUAACCGACAACCAUUGCAAUUGGUCGAACAUCGUCUGCGACAAAUCAGGUUUUGUUGAUGGCAUCUAUCUUACUAGUAAUUGUAAGGAGUUAGAAGGUGUUCUUGCCGACUUCACCGACGGGCUUGCCAACUUAACUCACCUGCAGCAUCUGAUGAUAUCUGAUACUAAAAUUAGUGGUCCAAUACCCAGUAGCUUCGGAACGCUUGUCGGUUUGACUGAAUUGUACCUUCUUUCAAACCACCUGUACGGGACCAUUCCAUCUGAGUUGGGCAACUUGAUUAACUUAGAAUCCUUAUCCUUAUCAUUCAACAGCCUCACAGGCAACAUUCCGUCGACAUUGGGCCAACUGCAGAAUUUAAAAACCUUGUAUCUGAGUUACAACACAUUGAGUGGCGAAAUACCUUCGGAAUUGACCAAUAUCCCAACCUUUCCACUAUU